AUGAAGGCCACUCAAGACGAGCUUGAGUUCAUAAGAAGCCAACGAGACGUGGCGGACAAAGUGGCCAGGGCACAAGGCCUUCGGAGAACACUCCAGGAGCCCACCUUCUUGUCUCAUAGGGAACAACUGGAGACCGAAGAACGACAUAGCAGAGUACAGGCCUAUAUGGAUAACCAAAGCGCGUUCCAACAUGAACAGAGUGAGGUCUUACAAUAUCAUGGUUAUCCUAAUGAGGAACAUGAAAUCCUGACAAAUGAUGACUACUUCCUUACUAUCAACAGAAUUCUUGGAAAGAAAGCCUCAGCUUCAAAACCUGCUGUGUUACUGAUGCCAGGAAUUCUUACAGAUUGUGGAAUAUGGAUAACUAAUGAACCCAAUAGCAGCUUAGGUUUUAUACUGGCAGAUGCUGGCUUUGAUGUUUGGUUGGCAAAUAACCGAGGAAGCAGAUGGUGUAAAAGACACCAGCACUUUUCACAUAAAGAAGAAGAAUUCUGGAAUUUCAGUUUUCAUGAAAUGGCAAUGGAAGACCUGCCAUCUAUUAUAUAUUUUAUCCUAGCUAAAACUGGACAGAAACAACUUUUUUAUGUUGGCUAUUCCCAAGGAUCCACUAUAGGAUUCAUUGCAUUUUCAGCUAUGCCAGCAUUAGCUGAAAAAAUAAAAAUCUUUUUUGUAUUUGGUCCAAUAUAUUUGGUGAAUCAUGUCAAACCAUGGUAUAAGAUGAUAAUUGACAUGAAUCAGGAUAUUAUAAAGAGUCGUCUGGAUGUCAUUGUAUCACAUUUAUUUGGAUGUACAUCAACAAAAACUCUCUUACAUUGGAAACAGGUUUAUGAAACUGGGCAGUUUAAAGAAUUUGAUUAUGGUUCUAAGAAUAUGGAAAAAUACAAUCAGAUGAGCCCUGCCUUUUAUGAUAUAAGAAGCAUGAAUAUCCCAACCAUCAUGUGGGGUGGUGAAAAAGAUAAAAUUUCUACACUAAAGGAUACCGAACUACUUCUCCCUCUUCUUAGUAAUCUGAUCUCCUACAAAAUAAUUCCUCAUUGGAAGCAUUACGAUUAUCUUUUUGGGCUUGAUGCACGUCAAAAAUUAUAUGAUGAGCUUGUUGACAUAAUUCAGAAUUUCCCAUAA